UAUAGUUAUAUUUGUGAAUUUUCGUAGGAGGUGUCGCUGUCGUCGACCCUGACUCAUCUGAAGUCCACGUACGGCGACGGCCGGUUGAACGUGUCGCACGUCAGUCUGGAGGAGUGUCUGGAGUGUUCGCCGUUUCAAAGCAUGGACCUAAGCGGUCGCCCGGCAGUCGCCAAAUUCGUGGUGCAACUGGUGGUGCUGUGGCAGUUCGGCGGCACCGUGCUGGACGACGGCGUGAUGGUGAUCCGCAGAGACGUGUACCGAGCGACGGGCGACGCGGUCGAGUACGGCGACCGUACCAUCAGUUCGCCGGUUGCGUGCCAUGCGUUCAUUUACAAAGCGAUGCUGAGCGCCAAGAGGUGCGCGCUCAGCGGCGAGCCGUUCACGUCGGAUACCGGCCGGACGAUAGUGCACGACUCGGCCACCGGCGUGGACGCCCGACCCGUGGCCGACUGGGUAAUGUGCCGCGGUGACGUGGUGGUUGACGAACGCUGUUAUUACGCGGAGGAGAUUGCCGAAUUGCAGGACUAUCGUUGUCCCGUAGCGGUCGACGAACCGUGGUCGCCGAGAUUCCAGCAAACCUCCCACGCCUCGUCUCCGAGGUUCCGGAAAACCGUCAUCCAGGCCACAACGACAGACGCUGUCGAGGACGUGAAAAACGAUUAUAAUACAGCAGACGACCAGACAGUUUCCACAGUUAUCGUAUAAUUUAAAUGUAGUCUCGUUUGUUUUAGAUUUUCAUUACAAGUUCCAAUAGAUACGAAAAUUGCAAACAACGCUAUUGAGACUAUUUGAGAGUGUUCAAAUAAGACAUAUUUAAAUUAUAUCGUAUAAGUUUGGGAAUUCAAUAACUUGAUCAUGAUACACCGUACAGUAAAAAUACUCAAAAAUGGAUCGACGAAUAAUAUACCUCUAUGGCUCUAUAGCUGGUGUAAACGUUCUAUAAAUUAUUUGGGACGACUAAAGCCCCAUCACAAAUCAAUAAAAUAUAUGGCUAAAUAAUAAUAUUGAAAUAUAAAGUAUAUUUUAUUCAAAAAACCACAUAAUAUGUAUUAUAAUAUGCAAUAUUAUUAUUACACAUAUAUUAUAUUAUUAUAUUAUAAUAAUAUAAUAUGUACACCUUUAGGUUUUCACUUUUCAAAUAUUAGAUAAUAUUAGAGAUACAUUUUCACAAUACAUUUAUCGUCUAUUUUCACCAAAGGAUAGAACUGUAGAAGAUAUCCUUUAAAAUAUCUCUAGAAUAUUUUUAACUACGACCGCGAAUAAUUUGGUCUGCAAUCCAUUAAGUAUAGGUGUUGAGAAAAUAGCACCUUAACUAUAUACCUAUAUACCUAUAUAUAUAUAUAUAGUACGCCAGUGGUGGACUUAGGUUUUUUGUAAGGGGGAUAUGAAUUUUUUACUGUUCUCAGAUCACGGUAAACUACGGUAACAGUGGUAAAUCUACUUUCAUUGUCUUAUCAUAUUAUAUUUUAUACGACAAAAAUAAUUCAAAGGGGAAAUAUGACACCCUAUAACUUAAAUUAAAGGCUAAAACCAUUGUAAACCAUUUGUAUAAAUAUAAAAAUGAAUACUUUUGUCUAUUUAUAUGUAUUUCAUACAUAAAUUAUUAUAUAAAAAACAAUAAUUAUAAUUGAUUGUUCUUUUUGAGCUUUAAUAUAAAUUGUGUUCCUAUAAUAUUAAAUUAAGAUAUAAUCUACUACGACCUACGUUUAUAAAAAUAUACAUAGCUAUUUACUUGUUUAUUAGCA